CGCUCUCACUUUCAUGAAGACAAAAUUUGGUUUAUUCGGAUUAUUCAAUCAUUUAUUUUUUCAAUAUUUACAAUUUUUUUAUUUUAAGAUUACAAUUUUUCUUUACCAAAAAUUUACCAUACAAGACGCAAAAUGGAAAAUAGAAGAGGGGAGUGAAAGAUGGGUACAUGUUAGGGCUAGAAAUUUGGGGCACUGUUUCAGGCAGCAGUUCCUCGUUGUAGCUGUCCGAGAGCUGUCUUUUGGCCUUUCCCCAAGUUCUUCUCUUUCUCUCUGACAAUGUGUUUCGGUUUUCUCUGUUCGACUUCAUUUCUUUCUCCCAACUCAGCAUAAAAAACAAUGUCGGACCUUAACAAUAACUAAACUAGACUUUGCCUUUCUUUUCCACCGUUUGGAGUUUGGACAACAAACAAAGACGGAAGUGACCGGGAGGUAGAAGAACAACUCUAACCGUACUUCACUUUUGCCGGUUACACGUCGCGCAAAAUGAGUGCUUCCAGGUUCAUAAAAUGCGUCACAGUCGGUGAUGGUGCCGUCGGCAAGACUUGCAUGCUUAUCUCCUAUACCAGCAAUACUUUCCCUACUGAUUAUGUGCCAACUGUCUUUGACAAUUUUGGUGCAAAUGUGGCUGUGGAUGGGAACACUGUUAAUCUGGGAUUGUGGGACACUGCUGGCCAGGAAGAUUACACUAGAUUAAGACCUUUGAGUUAUCGUGGAGCAGACGUCUUCCUGCUGGCAUUCUCUCUCAUUAGCAAAGCCAGCUAUGAAAAUGUUGCUAAGAAAUGGAUUCCUGAGUUGAGGCAUUAUGCACCCGGUGUUCCGAUUAUUCUUGUCGGCACUAAGCUUGAUCUUCGGGAUGAUAAGCAGUUCUUCCUAGAUCACCCUGGUGCAGUACCCAUUACCACAGCCCAGGGGGAGGAAUUGAGCAAGUUAAUUGGAGCACCCGUUUACAUUGAAUGUAGUUCAAAGACACAGCAGAAUGUGAAAGCCGUCUUUGAUGCGGCCAUCAAAAUGGUUCUCCAGCCGCCAAAGCAGAAGAAGAAGAAGAAAAAGAAGAGAACGGCUGAAAAGGCCUGCUCAAUAUUGUGAUCUAGCAAAGAAAAGUUAUCGUUUAACCAUUUAAUCUGUUAGUCUCUCACAAUCUAUUAUUAUCUCUCCUCACCUUGACAAAAUUGCUCCUUAUGGCAUAUGUAGUCUGAAUUGACAGAACCAGGAGGGAACUCUCUAAGCAUCAAAAUAUGUUCUUUUCUCUCUAGGAUGGAUUGUAUUCUGAAUUUGUAUAUUAAUGGCCUUCUGGGUUUAGAUAUGCCUCAUCUAUUGACUAGAACCCUGUGUAAGAACACAACCAAAUUGUUUCAUCUUGUUUCUUGUGAUUUGAUCUGAUGGUAGUCCAUUUGAAGCAACUUACUACUAUAUAUAGAGGAAGUAUCCACUUG